UAAAGUGUUAAACAACAUUUUAAACGUGACUAUGUUUGUGAGUCUUCCUACGAGCACCUGAACGCAGCAUUAGGAAUCAUUCGAAAUGAAGGAAACGAGGAAACACGUGAAGGAAACACGAUUUUCUGAUCGUGUCGCGGCCUGUAGGAGCUUGAUGAUUGUGAGACGGACUUUUAUCGAGGCGAGGAGCCGAGUGUCGGUGUGGAGCUGAAACCUGGAACCUAAACCUGCUUCAGGGGGGAAAAGCGUUCUUAAAAAUGCAGCUUUUAUUCAUCAAAAGUCGUUUUUUACCGUCGCACAGAUAAUCUGAUGAGACAAAAGUUCAUUUAGUGGGAAAAAUGCUCCGAAAAGAAAGAACCCGAUCCUACCAGGAGUUCAACGACGAAGACGAUGACGAUGAAGGUAACACUCGGUCUCAGGGCUUUUUUGACGACGGCGCCGAAGACUUGGACUGCGAGGAGCCCAACGGCAGCAUAUCCCAAGAGGACGACAUCAGGGACAACAGUCAGUCUAGGAGGUUCAGUAAAACCUGCCUGAAGAACGUCUUCACCGUGGUGCUCAUCUUCAUCUACCUGUUGCUGACGGCGGUGGCGGUGUUUCUCGCCUACCAGACCAUCUCCGACUUCCUGUUGAAGCUCAACCAGCCCGUCAUGUCUGUCACCUACAAAGAGGUUGACUCGUUUUCACCCCCAGGUAUCGCUCUUUAUCCCGGCAAAGCUCAGCUGCUGGGCUGCAAACACCACUACCACGACUACAUCCCACCGCUAGUGGACCCCGGCAAGCCUCAGGAGAAGGACUGUGAGAUCACACACGUGACUUACAUCGGGCCGUUCACAAAUCAAACACAGAAAAGAGCUCUGGUGGUCCGCGGCCCGUCUGACGUCAGAAACAAAGAGCUGAUCUUCAUGCAGUUCAGUCAAAAUGAAACAGAGGAGGACUUCAGCGCCAUCACUUACAUGCUUUUUGCAAAGUUUAGUGACUUGAUUGAGAGUGCAAAUAAAUCUGAGUUUAUGAGGGACUGUGAGAGGAAUUACUCCAUGUGGACCUUCUCUGGAGGAUUCAGAACCUGGGUCAAGAUGUCUCUAGUCAAGACUUCUGGGAAACGCAAUGAAGCUGUGGAGUUUCGGCAAGAGUCCGCUGUGGUGAAAUUCAACGACAAAAGACCCGAACCAGAACAAACCAAUCAGCUCUUCUUUGCUGUCUUCGAAUGGCGAGAUCCUUUCAUGCAGGAAAUCCGACUGAUAGUGACUGCAAAUCCCUGGAGCUCCGUAGCCAUCCUCUGCGGCGUCUUCAUGGCUCUUUUCAAAGCUGCUAAUUUCGCCAAACUCACUGUUCAGUGGAUCAUCAAGAUGCGUAAGAGGCAUCUGAAGAAUAAAGCGCGAGAGCUGAACCAAGUGAGCUGAAACACUUUGUAGAAAAACACUGCUGACGCAACCUGACGAGAUCCAGUUUAUCUGACUAAGCCGAGUCUUUAUUUUUACACUGCUGCGUUCGCUGAGGUCACUAACUUGCAUUAUUUUGUAAUAACUGCUGGGAAUUCUCAAUACUAAAGCAUUUUAUCCGUAAGAUUUUCAGUGAAUUUUUUGUUUUUGCUGCAUUUCAAAAUAAGAUGUGUGUCAUGAUUGUCUUCUGAAACAUUCCAGGGAAACAUGACACAUAUAUUGCUGAAAGCUAAGACACUGUUAAAGACGCUUCGGGUAUAAAACUGAGAAAAUGUGAAGUUUGAUAAAAACAAAACAAUAGUUGGACAAUACUAUUUUAAAGGGAGUCUUUUGUCUAUAUGUGGCAUUUUGUAAGAGAAAUUUCCAUUAAGAAUGAAAAUUGUAUUGAUAACUCCAAAGGGAUUGAACUGGCUUUAAUCUGCUGUUUAUUUUUUAUAGUGUUUGUGGUAAAUCAGUUUUUGCAGUACUUUCACUUUUUUCAUUUAAUUUCAACUGAAAUGUCGUUACUUGAAUUGUAAAUGUGUCCUGGUCAGUAGUGUAGCUCAUAUGUCAUAUUUUUAGAGUUGUUUGGAAAAUAAACACAUUUUUUAAAUUUUA